AUGCGAAACCCUGCUUCUGUGGAACUUAUCAAGUCCAUAAAAAACUUCAUUGAAUCAUUCUCCCUAAACACCUCAAACCCUCAAGAAGAUGCCAAAACCGUUCAAGAGUUCUACAAGAAUGCAGAAAACUCUAUCAGAAGUCAUAAGCUGUGGGCAGAUCAGGAUGUCGAUUCUGCAAUGGAGGGUUUAGAGAAAUAUGUCAUGACAAAACUGUUCUCCCAAACAUUUUCCUCUCCAGAGGAUGCAAAGAUUGACCGUGAAAUUUCGCAGAAAAUGCGCUUGUUGCUGACUUUCUUAAAGCCUGAGCACUUGGAUAUUUCAGAAGUUCUAUGGAAUGAAGCUUCAUUAUAUCAUGCAAUAAAGGAAUUGCAGAGAAUCAAAGCUUUCAAGGCUCCUCGUUCCAAGCUUCUAUGUGUUAUGAACAGUUGCAAGGUCAUUUACAAUUUAUUGCUGAGUUCUGCAUCAAAGUCACAAGCUCCUGUAAUUUUAGGAGCAGAUGAAUUUCUUCCUGUUCUUAUAUAUGUUGUGAUUAUGGCCAAUCCUCCUCAGUUGCAUUCCAACCUCAAAUUCAUCGAGUUAUAUCGGAGAGAGGCAAAACUUGUGUCUGAAGCAGCCUGUUGCCUCACCCAUCUUGUCUCAGCCAAAACAUUUAUAUCUGAGUUGGAUGCUAAAUCUCUUUCUAUCGAUGAAGCUGAAUUUGAAGAGAGCAUGGAAGCAGCAAGGUUGAAUGAUAUUUGUGUCCACACGCCACUUUUAAGUGGUAAAACAUGUUCUCGUUGCAAGAAACCUCAGAAUUCGAAGUUCUUUUUAAAAGAACUAGCUACACUAGUGUAA